GGAUUUUUCUCCAUUACUGCUCUGUUUUUCUCCCAAUUCCAGGUGUUCUGUUGGAGAACACUUGGUAAUUUCAAUAUUUCUGAUCAGGAAAUCCUGAUCAGGGCUAUCAGAACUUGUAUAAAAUUGGGAUUUUAUUUCAUUGUUGAUCUGUUUUUAACCAAUUCCAGGUGUUUUAUUGGGGGAUAUUUGGGCACAUUUCUGUAUUUAUGAUCAGGGCUAUCAGAACUUUUAUAAAUUUGGGAUUUUAUUUCAUUACUGCUCUGUUUUUAACCAAUUCCAGGUGUUUUAUUGGGGGAUAUUUGGGCACAUUUCUGUAUUUAUGCUCAGGGCUAUCAGAACUUUUAUAAAUUUGGGAUUUUAUUUCAUUACUGCUCUGUUUUUAACCAAUUCCAGGUGUUUUAUUGAGGGAUAUUUGGGCACAUUUCAAUAUUUGUCAUCAGGGCUAUCAGAACUUUGAUAAAUUUAGGAUUUUUCUCCAUUACUUCUCUGUUUUUCUCCCAUUCCAGGUGUUCUGUGGGAGGAUAUUUGGCACAUUUAUGGCGAUUCUGAGCAUCAGGGCAGAUUUCUGCCAGGCCCAGCACAGCACCCUGCCUGCCAAGUGAGCUCAGGGGGCUCCCCACGUGUGCCAGAAAAUUCCCUAAAUUCCAUUUUUUUUUUAAAUUUUAUUUUAUUUUAUUUUUUUUUUUUUGGUGUGGGGGCCUUCAAGAAGACUCUGGGAACGCAGCAGAUAUUUAUGGGAUAUCUCCUGCCCCUUGGAAACAGAUUUGCUGUCAUAAAAAAAAAAAAAAAAUAAAAAACCGAACCCCAAAUUGGAGACAAAAAAAAAAAAUCCCAAAAUUAAACUCCAAAGCCUGAAUUUAAUUUCCUUCAGCAGUGCCUCGAUGUAGAACAGGUUGCCAAGCCUUACCUGGAGUGGGAAUUUCAGAAUUUUAGGAACCUGAAGGAUUCUACCCCCACCAGGAAUUAAGGAUUUGGAAGCAAACCUGGUUUUUUUUGGGGUUUUUUUUGUUUUUUUUUUAAUUAUUUUUUUUUUUAAGAGAAUAAAUAAAAACCACCAAACCUCCAAACCCAUCAAAGCAAACUGAUAAUCCCAAGCAUAUUUUAUUUUAUUUUUGAUGUUUUAUUUUUGAUGUUUUCUUCUGUGAAACCUUGCCGAGGUUAUUAAUUUUUUUCCCCUUUUAUUUAGUUUUUAUUUUUGUUUUAUUUUUUUGGGUUUUUUUUUGUUUUUUGGUUUUUUUUUUGGCCCCUCACACAUUUUUAUUUUGCCAUUAUGAACCGUCCAGCCCCUGUAGAAAUCACUUAUGAGAAUUUACGUUUUCUGAUCACUCACAACCCAACCAAUGCAACCCUCAGCAAAUUCAUCGAGGAGCUGCAACGCUUUGGGGUGCGCACGCUGGUGCGCGUCUGCGACGCCACCUACGACCGGGGGCCCAUUGAGAGCCAGGGCAUCCAGGUGCUGAUCGUGGAGGAUUGGCUGAACCUUUUGAAAAACAAAUUUCGGGAGGAGCCGGGAUGCUGCGUGGCCGUGCACUGCGUGGCAGGGCUGGGCAGGGCUCCCGUGCUGGUGGCUCUGGCUCUCAUUGAGAGUGGCAUGAGGUCGGAGGACGCCGUGCACUUCAUCCGGCAGAAAAGGAGAGGAGCUUUUAAUUCCAAGCAGCUGCUUUAUCUGGAAAAAUAUCGUCCAAAAAUGAGAUUACGAUUCAAAGAUGCCAAUGGGCACUGCUGUGUUCAAUAAAAAACCCCAAAAAAUUGAAAUUUUAACCUAAAAAAAGCAGCAGAAAUGUUCUGGUGUGGGAAUUGGGAAUUUAAAUAAAAUAAAAUAAAAUAAAUUGAA